AUGGAUUAAGUAAAUUAGGCAUUUAAAGAAUUGUAUUUUUAAGGAGAGCCCUAUGAAAAUGUGAGAGAAAAGAUCGAUCAAUGUCCUUAUGAUGAAGUUGCCUCUCUUAUGGAAAUUUAUGUAAAAAAUUAUCUUGAUACAGUACAAAACAAUUUACACUCCUAUAGUUACAACGAUUAAGACUCGGCAAAGUUCUACAUUGAGUAACUGAAUAGUCAUUGGCUAAGAAUAUAAAAUAUAGCCUAGGAGUUGGGAAAAUACCAACAACUUAGUAAUGGCUAUAGAAUCUAAGAAUAUCAUCGCAUUAAGUUCUAAGAUAGAAUAUUUUCUGACACAAAGAUAAAUUUUGCAUUAAGAGAGAUUUGCAGAAUCUACAAAUUCAAUUAACUCAUUGAGUCUCAUUUUGGUUCUCUUGUUUUUCAAUAUUUCAGACCGAAAAUUACAACACAUUAAGAUCUCAUGACUAAUUGGCUAACCUAUAGUUAAUGCGAAUAAGGCAUUGAUGAAAUUAAGGAUUUUGAAAGAAGACUAGAAUGCGCCAUGACGAAUUUACCCGAUAAUGAAAAACAAUUACCUAAAUUACCACCUAAUUGGGAAAAGAAUAUGGUAAAUUUGAUGAAAAAGAAAAAGAAGAAGAUUUGA